CGGACAUGGACACGGACAUGGGCACAGGAUCUCCCUCUGCUCCUCGACACAACUGAGCCUGCACUGGCCCCAAAGACCCGACACCUCUGGUCUAGGCCAUGUGAGAGCUGAGCUGGGAUGGAGCAUGACUCACACACCCCCUGGGAAUUCAAUGGCUCCUUCCAUCAGCCUUCAGCUUUCCUCAUGAUGGGCAUCCCGGGCCUGGAGGCCCUCCACCCCUGGAUCUCCAUCCCCUUCUGUGCCCUGUACCUCUCUGCUCUGCUGGGGAACUGCGUGAUCCUGUUCAUCAUCAGGAGGACCCCGCGCCUGCACGAGCCCAUGUACUAUUUCCUGUGCAUGCUGGCCCUCACGGACCUGGGGCUGGCCCUGUGCACCCUGCCCACCACGCUGGGCCUCUUCUGGUUCGGCGCGCGCCGCAUCGGCUUCGACGCCUGCCUCGCGCAGAUGUACUUCAUCCACAUCCUGUCCUUCAUCGAGUCCUCCGUGCUGCUGGCCAUGGCCUUCGACCGCUUCAUGGCCAUCUCGCACCCGCUGCGGCACGCAGCCAUCCUCACCAGGAGCACCGUGCUCAAGAUAGGCCUGGCCAUCGUGCUCAGGGGCGUGCUCUCGCUGCUGCCCAUCCCCUUCCUGCUCCGGAGGCUGACCUACUGCGGCAGGACCGAGCUGUCCCACUCCUUCUGCUUCCACCCCGACAUCAUGAACCUGGCCUGCGCCGACAUCAAGGUCAACGUCUUCUACGGCAUGAUCGUCCUCCUGUCCACCGUGGGCACGGACUUCAUCUUCAUCGUGCUCUCCUACAUCCUCAUCAUCAGGACCGUGCUCAGCCUCACCACCAGGGAGGAGUGCCUGAAGGCCCUGAACACCUGCGUGUCCCACAUCUGUGCUGUGCUCGUGUUCUUCAUCCCCAUGAUCGGGCUGUCCAUGAUCCAUCGCUUCGGGAAGAACGUCCCUCCCCUGGUGAACACCUUGGUGGCCUACACCUACCUCGUCAUCCCCCCUGCCCUCAACCCCGUCAUCUACAGCAUCAAAUCCACCCACAUCCGGGAGGCCCUGCUCAGGGCCCUGUGCAGGAAGCGGGGCUCUCACUGGUACCAUCACCCAUGUGUUCAGAGUGCCGUGCCCAUCCCCACAUUUCAAGUAUUUNGCCUGUCGCACUCCUUCUGCCUGCACCAGGACGUGAUGAACCUGGCCUGCGCCAACACCACCCCCAGCGUGGUGUACGGGCUCACCGCCAUCCUGCUGGUCAUGGGGCUGGACGCCGUGCUCAUCUGCCUCUCCUACCUGCUCAUCCUCAGGGCCGUGCUGCGCCUGGCGGCCUGGAGGGAGCGGCUCAAGGUGUUCGGCACCUGCGUCGCCCACAUCUGCGUGGUGCUGGCCUUCUAUGUGCCCCUGAUUGGGCUCUCCGUGGUGCACAGGUUCGGCAAGGACCUGGCGCCGCUGGUCCACAUCAUCAUGGGCAACGUCUACAUCCUGGUGCCCGCUGUGCUCAACCCCAUCAUCUACGGGGUGAGGAGCAAGCAGAUCCAGAGGACGAUCCUGAGCUUGAUCCGCGUCACCAACAGAGCUCCCCGGUGACCCGAGCCCAGCCGCUGCCCUGUGUCCCCACCCUGGCUCACCGGGUUUUACAUCAGAGCCUUUGGUGCCAGACGGUCCUCUCCGUGUGCUCUGAGGGGCGGCCACCAGGCUUGUAAACUCCUCCCAAGAGUGUUGGCCCUCACCAGACUCAGAGAGAAAUUACUGCAAUGAUCUAAACCCAAUCCCAGUCUCACCAAACUCACAGAGAAAUUACUGCAAUGAUUAAAUCUAAUCCCUAUCACACCAAACUCAGAGACAAAUGACUGCAAUGAUCUAAACCAAAUCCCAACCUCACCAAACUCAGAGUAAUGACUGCAGUGAUUUAAAUCCAAUCCCACUCUAACCAAACUCAGAGAGAAAUGACUGCAAUGAUUUAAAUCCAAUCCCACCCUCACCAAACUCAGAGAGAAAUGGCUGCAAUGAUCUAAACCUAAUUCCAAUCUCACCAAACUCAGAGAAAUUACUGCAAUGAUCUAAACCCGAUCCCAACCUCACCAAACUCACAGAGAAAUGAUUGCAAUGAUCAAAAGCAAUCCCAGUCUCACCAAACUCAGAGAGAAAUGGUUGCAAUGAUCUAAACCUAAUUCCAAUCUCACCAAACUCGGAGAAAUUACUGCAAUGAUCUAAACCCAAUCCCACUCUCACCAAACUCACAGAGAAAUGGCUGCAAUGAUUAAAUCCAAUCCCUAUCACACCAAACUGAGAGAAAUGACUGCAAUGUUCUAAAGCAAUCCCAGUCUCACCAAACUCACAGAGAAAUUACUGCAAUGAUCUAAACCAAAUCCCAGUCUCACCACACUCAGAGAGAAAUGGCUGCGAUGAUCUAAACCCAGUCCCACUCUCACCAAACUCACAGAGAAAUGACUGCAACGAUCUGAACCCAAUCCCAACCUCACCAAACUCACAGAGAAAUGAUUGCAAUGAUCUAAACCCAAUCCCA